AUGACCACCGCGAGGUCCCCAUUUACUGAAGAGACCCUCGAGUACUCUGUCGACGAAUUUCCGUUUCUCCAGCAGAUUUAUCGCACAUUAUUUGGCGAUUCUCUAGCCAAGACUUCGUCACUGGGCGAGCAACUCAAGUCCUUGAGCUCUUCAAACGGCCACUUCGCAGUCGGCCGCGGAAAGAAUCGAUCGAUCGACGAGAGCAUUUAUCAUCGUUUCCUGCGAGAUUUCAUCCGCCCGCAUCUCGGUGACGAUCUGCUCCUCUUCGAGCGCUACGCGAAUCUGCGCACGCACGUCCGGGGCAGUCGGGCUCUUACAGGCCCUCACAAAGAUGCCGACUACAAGCACUCGCCAUACGAGAUAAACUUUUGGCGGAUGACUCCCGUGUUCGGCAACGCGUCCCUGUGGGCCGAGUCCUCCCCCGGGCUGGGAGACUACCACCCUUUCGUGGGAAGCUACGGCACAGCCGUUCGAUUCUACGGGAACCAGUGUAUGCACUUCACGAAAGACAACGAUACCGAUCACACGCGCUUUUCUUUCGACUUUCGUGUGAUACGUCUCCGUGACUUCGAGAGGUGUGGGAUCGGUGUGCCUGGCCGCGAGAGCGACUCUCCCUGGGUGCUCUUCAGGUAUUAUGGCAUCAUGGGCCCCGACGGCGCAUUGAGUGAAAGUGAUUGGGGAGCCACAGCUAUGCGCGCACGGAUGCUAUUAGGCGCAUCUGAGUGGACGCUGGUAAGAGAGGAUUUUUUUGAGGGUGUGGUCAAACGCUUUGAAGCACGGUACGGUUUUGGUUUUAUCGCUUGUGCAGAGAUUGAAGCUGAAUACCAUCAAGAGGUAUUCCUUCACAAGAGCUUGGCUGCCGACUUCGUUGUUGGUGACAGGGUCUCCUUCCAGGUGUAUACGAACAAGGAAGGGAAGUGCCGUGCAGUUGACCUGCAGGCUGGCGGGGCACAGGAGCGUGAAACGGCCGCUGGGCUCGAGCAGGGCGGACGAGAUUGCGUGGGCUCCAGCAUGCGAAGCUGUGAGGUUCCUGCGGCUGAUCAUCAGAGUCGGCAGACGCCGUGA